GGCCGGUCGCAGGUUUUCAUCCUCAGCUCGCCUCAUCAUCCCUUCAUUCUCACUGGUAAGUAACUAAACCCUUCCUCAAAUCCUUGGACCGCAAGUUUGGAGGAUGUACGCACGGGUUAUCAGUGCUCUCCUUUCGCUCUUGCUUGCCGUUCGCCCAUGGUUCGUCGACCUCGCUUAUCACACGGACAUCUUCCUUCUCGGAUCCUCCUUGCUAUUUAACACUGUGAAACCUACCGUGGAUGUCUCUCCGCCGCCUUUGGUCCUUUCCGACCACGGCUUACCGCUUUUCUCGGGAUACGCGGCGCUUGACCCCCUGUUCAGUCCGCAUGCGGAGUGCUUGCCAUGCGAUCCUUCUGAUCCAGACAGUCCUCGCUGCUACUUUGAAAGCGUCUAUUUCAACCGCAGCCUGCGUGUCAACCCACGGAAAGCUCUCUACACGCUCUUUACCGAACGCCUGCACUCCUUCAGUGGGGGCGCUGAUCCACUGGGCUCUCUCCCCUUCGAUAUGCGUCUUGACCCCCAGGUCUCCAUAGCUCUAGCCCUUGUCUUCGCGCUCUCCGCAGUCUGGACGCUCUUGUUCAGUGUCGCGGGUGCAAUGCAUGCGUUCUCUAUGUCGGGCUGGUGGCAAAAUUACGUGUCGUCUACGCAUCCUACCCUGGACGUCCCGGAUUCUUCGGAUACUCAUCUGUCGCACCUUACUCAGAGCCUGCUUUCUGUUCCCCCAACAUCAGGUUUAGGUGGCGACAGAACUCAAGGUGGUUCGAAGGAUGCCAUCGCGAGACUUACCGAAACCUCGGACAGUAACUCUGGUCGACAGGGAAGAUGUCAGUGGGAAGGAUCACCCCUUGAUACUUCUGUUCUUUCGGCUGCACUCUCUACUCCAGGCAUUAGUCCGCGUCAACCUUGGUCACUCGCGCCAGCUGCUUCCAUUGAAGAGCUCCAUACACACAUGCAUCUCUUCUCUCCAAACGUUGGCAACCGUAGCUCCGACUCUGAGCUGGUACCGGAAAGGUGUCCCGGGAGUGGCGACGGGUCACCUGAUUCUGGUUAUAACCGCAAUGAAGUCUCAACUUGUCCUAGUCGUAAGGCAUCCGCAAACAGCGCACGAGGCGAGGUGGGAGCACGACCGUUGCCGACCUCUCCCUCCCUUACGGUCAACCCCAACGAUGACUUUUGGAUGGACGCCGUGAACGACCCAGACUUCGCGCCGCGGUUAUCGCCUCGCUCGGACGGUACGAUCAGCAAUCCCGGCUCGGCGAAGAAGUCCGGUCGACCGGGCCGAUACCGGCCUGAGAAGCGUGUUGGUUUUGCCUUGACCAACCAACACACACGCUCGCAAUCCCUCGAUAGCUCAGCUACUAGCAGCCCAUCUCCCUCUCCACGCAAUCCAUCUCUCCUUCCAAUCGUCUCUGGACCUCGUAGGUACGCAAAGUACGUCCCUCCCCAUCGACGCGUGGAGGGUGAAAUCAAGUGGACCACUGCUUCUCCUGGGCCUCAUGGGCUUUAUCUCGGCGAAGGUUCCGCACGAUCAACGUGGACGCCGCUCGACCUUGAGCCGCCCCGUUCAAACCUCAUUGCGCUUACCGACUUACUUAGUGCUGCGCGGUCUGGUGGUCAGCUGGAUAUGGAGGUAGCAGGAGAUGAUAGCGAGGGCGAGGAGUGGAAGGGCUGCGAUGCUAGUCCUCCUGACUGGAGAAAUCAUCGGCGGUCUACGAGCUUGUUCAUGUGA